AUGGGAACAAUCGUAUCUUUUUGUCCAGUAAAACUUGUUGAGGUACGGAAAGAUUUUAAAAAAAGAAAAAGGAUUUUCAUCAAGAUGACGGGUAUCAGGGACACAUCCUGUCACCAAUCAAUACGAAUUACAAUUCCUUCCAGACAGGCUAUCCCACAUCGAUCGUGUCCACCACCACCACCACCACCACCACCACCACCACCAUUACCGACUACUACUACUUCAGUUGAUGGUUAUAGUUGA